AUGUCUUUUCGCACAAUAUUCACGGCCACUUUGGCGAUUUUUGCCUCUGUGAAUUUUACUGAUGCGGUGCCGAUGGUGAAACGUUCAUUUUCCGGCGAUGGGACUUUCUACAAUUGCGGUUUGAGUGCGUGCGGUGGUACAUAUUCGAAUAGUGAUUACAUUGCUGCUUUAAAUCAUCCACAAUGGGGGAAUCCGGUUAAUCCCAAUAGCAAUCCUAUCUGCGGUUCACAAGCAUUAGUGCACGGUCCAAAAGGCUCUGUCACCGUUACUAUUUGCCCAGAAUGUUUGUUUGGUAGUUUAGAUCUUUCACCAAGUGCUUUUAAUCAAAUAGCAGACCCGUCUCAAGGUCGUGUCCCCAUCACAUGGGACUGGGUUAGUGGCGGUGGUGCUGCUCCUCCGCCACCACCACCACCACCAAAACCCACUCCCACACCUACACCUACACCUACGCCCACACCAACUACUACGUCUACAACUACGACCUCGACCUCGACAUCAACAACCACUUCUAGCACAUCUACUUCCACUACAUCUACAACCACCUCUACUUCCACAACCAGCACCUCCACAUCAACCUCAUCUACUGGUAUUCCAACACGAGUUCCUUCCGUUUCGUUCCCAUUCAUGGAAGGACAAGUUCCAUUCUUGAAUCCAAACGCCACUUUGCCGAAUGGCGAGAAUCCAUUCCAGCAUACGAGUGAUUUCUUGAGUGGUAAUACUACGUUCUUAUCAAAUGAUAGUGAUAAUGCAGCCAGCAACGGUACUAAAACUGGCAAUGAUCCGGCCUCUAUUGGAAAUGGGAAUGUGAACGCAACAAGCUUUACUUCUUCUUUAAAAAAUAAAACUCAUUAA